AUGAAGUCAACCACCAUUGCUCUUGGCCUCCUCUCGUCCGGCCUCACCACCGCCAGCUACAACCACCCCCGCCAAUUCCACAAUGGCUUCUUCCGAAGGGACAAUGCCACUGCCACGGCUGAUCCCCAAACCACUUUGACCGUUGCCAUCACCCAGGUCCAUACCAUCACCCAGUGUGCUCCUACCGUGACCAACUGCCCCGCCGCAAACAAUACUGGGGCGUACUCGACCAUGCCCGCUUCAGACCUCACUACUGCUUACAUCACCGAGGUUAUUGACUUGACUACAACUGUCUGCCCCCUUACGGCUGUCGACUAUGUCUCGUCGUCCGUUAAAAAGGCACACAGCAUUGGUCUGAUCACCGGAACCACUUAUCCCGUCUACCCUGGCGCUACCGCUACCGCUACCGGUACCGGGUCAGCCCCUCCCGCUGGCGAGACCGGUGCCCUGACCAUUGCUGAGACUGCACCUGUCUCUGCCUCCAUUGGCACUACGGAUGCCGUCGUUACCAUGACCAUCGGCCCAUCCAGCGCCCAGUCCGUCGUGACCACCACGCUCCACUCCACUUAUACUGAGAUGGUCACCCUGACUGCCACUGCCCCUGCGACCGCUGAGACCGAGUCUCCUACCAAUGGUGAGGAUAACACUGGUGAGUAUGGCAAUGGAGGCGGUGCCACCACUGAGGGCACCUCGACCACUACGUCGACCAGCACUGGCACCCGCACUAUCACCAUUGCCAAGCCGUCGACUGCCACCGAGACUGCUCUGCCCACCGUCGGUGUUGACAGCACCACUGGAACUGACAACAGCGCCGGCUCUGGCUCUGGAUCUGGCUCCGACGAGGAGUGCGUCCCCGUCACUGUCACUGUCACCAUGCCCGCUAGCACUGUCUACCUUACCGCAUCCGCACCCGCCGAUGUCACCACCGCUCCCGUUGCCGCUCAGGCGACUGACUCUGCUGACUCCGACACCACCCCCACUGUCACUACUUCGGCCGCCGAUGCAGAGGCCACGGGUGAUGAUGAGGAGUCGUGCGAUGCCGACGAUGGCGAGGAGGAGGAGGAUGAAGAGGAAGGUGACGAAUGUGACGCUGAAGCCGAGGAUGGCGAUGUUGUCACCGCUACCGCCACUGCCACUGUCGUCCCCUACCCCUCCAGUGGCAGCAACGGCACAUUUCCCAUGCCCAGCGGCGUCGCCGCCCCUACUGGCGCCUUCAAGAUGCACCGCCGCUAA